AUGUAUUCCAUGAGGAUCUUCUGCCUGGUCCUGAGCGUGACGGGCACAGUUUGGACGGCUGAGGAAGGUGCAUUUAUAACUGAAGGAGGAGCUGUGCGUGGCCCCAGAAUUGUGGAAAAACAGCAUUCUUCCUGCAGAGAGUCAGACUGGCCCUUCUGCUCUGAUGACGACUGGAACCAAAAAUGCCCUUCUGGCUGCAGGAUGAAAGGGUUGAUUAAUGAAGUCCAUCAAGAUUUUACAAACAGAAUAAAUAAGCUCAAAAAUUCAGUAUUUGAUUAUCAGAAGAACAAUAAGGACUCUAGUUCAUUGACCACAGACAUCAUAGAACUUGUGAGAGGGGAUUUUGCCAACAGUAACAACCAUGAUAAUACAUUCAGCCAAGUGUCCGAAGAUCUGAGAAGCAGACUUGAGACCCUGAAUCGCAAAGUCAUAGAACAAGUACAGCGCAUUCAACUUCUGCAGAAAAAUGUCAAGGCCCAGCUGGUAGAUAUGAAACGCCUGGAGGUGGACAUUGAUAUUAAGAUCCGAUCUUGUCAAGGCUCAUGCAGUAGGUCUGUAAAACGUACGAUAGAUCUACAGGACUAUGAAGAUCAGCAGAAACAACUUGAGCAUCUCAUUGCCAAAGACUUACUUCCCUCCAAAUACAGACGACACUUACCACGGUUGAAAAUAAGCCCGGAUGUAGAUAUGUUACCCAGAGAUUACAAGACUCAGCUGCAGAAAGCCACCCCAGAGUGGAAGACACUCAUAGAAAUGAAGCAGAUGAAAAUGGUGUUAGAGGGGUCUGAUAAAGAUGAGAAUUCCCGAGGAGACUCUGCAUCUCAAGGAGCAGGAUCAGCACCUGAAAACCCCAGGAAACCAGCACCUGGUAGUACUGGAAACCGGAGACCUGGGAGCUCAGGAACUGGGGGUGCUGGGACUCGGAACCCCGAAGGUUCUGAGACUGAAAUUUUCAGGCCAGGAAGCACAGGGCAUGGAAACACCAGGCCUAUCGACCCAGACUGGGGCACAUUUACAGAGGAUUCAGGAAGCUUAAGUCCAGGGUCAAAUAAAGAGUACCACCACACAAGUAAACUGAUCACUUCUGACAGAGGCAAAGAGCUUCUGAUUGGUAAGGAGAAGGUCACUUCUGGUGGCCUAACCUCCAGUCGUUCGUGCUCUAAAACCAUCAUUAAGACUGUUACAGGUGCUGAUGGCCACAAAGAAGUGACGAAAGAAGUGGUCAAUUCUGAUGACAGUUCUAACUGUGGAGAGAUGGGUAGCUUAGGCGAUUUCCGUUUUUCUGAUGGCCUAGAGUACUUUCGUAAGCACCCCGAGGACAUGACUUUCUUCGAAACUGAGACAGUUGGAAAAAUACCCCCAGAUGUGUUACCUAUGCUCGAAGAGUUUAACAGUAAGGGCCACUCUGUGGCCUCAUCUGACAUUUUCACAGAUGUAGGGGAAACCAGCUCUCACUACGCCAGCGGAACUCAUACCGUCAAGAAAGGCCGAGCUAGAGCUCGCACGGCCAGAGACUGUGAUGAUGUCCUCCAAACACAUCCUUCAGGGGCCCAAAGUGGCCUUUUCAAUAUCAAGCUACCAGGAUCCAGUAAGAUUUUUUCAGUUUAUUGUGAUCAAGAGACCGGUUUGGGAGGAUGGCUUUUGAUCCAGCAAAGAAUGGAUGGAUCACUGAAUUUUAACCGGACGUGGCAAGACUACAAGAGAGGUUUCGGCAGCCUGAAUGACAAGGGGGAAGGAGAAUUCUGGCUAGGCAAUGAAUACCUCCACUUGCUAACCCUGAGGGGCUCUGUCCUUCGCGUGGAGUUAGAGGACUGGGCUGGGAACCUGGCUUAUGCAGAAUAUCACUUGAGAGUAGUCUCAGAGGCAGAAGGCUAUGCCCUGCAGGUCUCCUCCUACGAGGGCACAGCAGGCGAUGCUCUGGUCCAGGGUUCCGUGGAGGAAGGCACAGAGUACACUUCUCACGCUGGCAUGCAGUUCAGCACCUUUGACAGGGAUGCAGACCAGUGGGAAGAUAACUGCGCAGAAGUCUACGGAGGAGGCUGGUGGUAUAACAACUGCCAGGCGGCCAAUCUCAAUGGCAUCUAUUAUUCUGGGGGCUUCUAUGACCCCAGGAACAACAGUCCAUAUGAGAUUGAGAAUGGAGUGGUCUGGGUCCCCUUCAGAGGAGCAGAUUAUUCCCUCAGGGCUGUCCGCAUGAAAAUCAGACCCCUGGUGUCCCAAUAA